AUGGAUGAUCAUAGAAUUACUAAAGACAUUGGUGUAAAGAGAAGUGCUUCUGAGUUGGCUUUACAAGAGCUUCUUAACAAGUUCUUGUCUUCCUCUGCUUUAUCCAGACAAGACUCAGUUCUUACCACAAGCCCUCUAGACACUUCUUUUGAUCUCAUGAACAGGGAUUAUACUUGUGAGUUAAGAGACAGUCUUUUGUUGUCUGAGAGCUUGAUUCCACAUGGAGUUUUUCUCGAUGCACAGUCCUCGAUCUGCGAGAAUCUGUCAGCUGAUAGUCCAGUUUCAGCCAAUAAACCUGAGGCAAGAGGAGAAGCUCAGAGAACUGUGAGUGGAUCUUUUCAUGAUCACUCUGAUGAAGAAGAUGCAGAGACAGAAGCUGGGGGACAAUCUGAUAUGACUAAUGACCCUAAUGAUCUAAAACGUAUUAGAAGGAAGUUCUCAAACAGGGAAUCAGCAAAGCGGUCGAGGAAAAGGAAGCAAGAGCACUUGUCAGGUCUUGAGUCUCAGGUUGGCUCUCUGAAAGGAGAGAACUCAACUCUGUACAAGCAGCUCAUAGACGCAACACAUCAGUUUCGUACCGCUGGAACAAAUAACAGAGUUCUCAAAUCAGAUGUUGAAACUCUGAGAGUCAAGGUGAAACUAGCAGAGGAUUUGGUAGCUAGAGGUUCCUUUACAAGCAGCUUGAAUCAACUUCUUCAAACUCAUCUAAGUGCACCACCACACUCCAUCAACAGUCUCCACUACACAGGAAACACCUCACCUGUCAUUACAUCCCACAGCGACCAAUCUCUGUUCCAUGGAAUCACACUUUCGGGACAGAACUCAAGCCCUGGACUUGGUAAUGUAUCCAGCGAAGCAGUUAGCUGCGUCUCAGAUAUCUGGCCAUGA